AUGGUCCAGACCAUGCUGCAGGAAGUUGUCAAUACAGUUAUUGGAGGUAACACACCAUUUUCUUACCUUUUAUACUCCUAUAUAGUAUGUCUUGUCUUGUCUGUAGAACAUUGGACUCACUGUAGUGCCUUGAAGGUUGUUCACAUUGCACUAGAAUGAAAUAGAAAUGAUCUUACGUUCUAAUUCAUUUUUAGCCCCACUGUUAUGUUUUCUGAGACGAUCCUAUACUCUGUUUUAGCUGAUGUCCCUGUGUGUGUGUAGAAUGUAGGGAGAGUGUGUGCAGCGCUACAGAGUGUGCAGAUGAUACGCCAGUCCCGGUGGUGGUGGAGGAGGAGGAGGAGGGGCUGGGCAGCGACACAGAGAACGUCCAUGCCAACGGUAUCCCUGGCACGCCCAUAUCUACUGGCUUCACCCCCUCACUGACGGACGACAGGCUCUCUGUCUCGUCCAACGACACUCAGGUGCCCACCCACACUGCUCCCCUACAUAGAAUGCCAUUGACAGCUUCCCAAAUGGCACCUUAUUCCCUAUAUAGGCUAUGGCCAUAGCCCUAUGGGCCCUGGUCAAAAGUAGUGCACUAAAUAUGUAAUAAGGAUUCAGAUACUGUCUAUCGAGUAUUAACAGAUUAGUUGAUAAAUCGAAGUAUUUGAGUGGCAUCUGAUUUGGCGUAUUCAUGUACAUAUGUGUAUAUGAAAACAUCUGAUAUGGCGUGCUAAUAUAAGAUAAGUGUGUGCAUUUCCUUUUCUAGGAAUCUGGAGCUACGAGUGGUUCCUCCCCUGUUGCUAAGUUCUCCCAUAUCCUCCAGAAGGACGCCUUCUUAGUGUUUCGCUCCCUCUGCAAACUCUCUAUGAAGCCACUGUCUGAUGGACCCCCUGAUCCUAAGUAAAUUCUCCUUGAUACUCUGUCACACUUAGUUACUGUACGAAUAGAUGGCCAUAGGAAUUGACUGUGUGAUUGAACCUCUUGGUAACCCUUUUCUUAAAGGGCGUGGGUAUAAUGCUUUAUAAGUUGUUAUAAGCAUGUAUUGAACCUUUAUUAUGGCUAAGGCUUAUAAUAUGUUAAGUCUGUGCAUAACAUUGUCAACUGUCUCACUGUCUGUUAGUCCAGAUCAAUAUAAGAUGAUUGUGUGACAUUAUAAAGAUGUCAUAUAUGCUCAUGACAAGUCUUAAAAUGCAUAAUAAGGCAUUUGGAUGCGUCAAGUAAACUUUGUCUUUGUAGAUCUCACGAGCUGCGCUCCAAGGUGCUGUCCCUCCAACUGCUGCUGUCCAUCCUGCAGAACGCGGGGCCCAUCUUCAAGACCAACGAGAUGUUCAUCAACGCCAUCAAGCAGUACCUGUGUGUGGCGCUGUCCAAGAACGGAGUCUCCUCGGUCCCCGAGGUCUUCGAGCUCUCGCUCUCCAUCUUCCUCACCCUCCUGUCCCACUUCAAGACCCACCUCAAGAUGCAAAUCGAGGUACUGUAACUGUUUGGCUCUCUUCAUUUUGAAUGAAUAAUAACACAACAAGAUUUAGUUUCAUUAGUGCGUUUUGUUUGAAUGCCUUUGUAAAUACUGUGUAAUAAACUCUUUACAAAAUUAUUUAUACAGGAUUUGGUGGAGUUUUAUCACUGAGUGUAAGGAGUUUUUUUUUUACUUUUCCCUCAGGUGUUUUUCAAGGAGAUCUUCCUCUACAUCCUGGAGACGUCCACCAGCUCCUAUGAUCAUAAAUGGAUGGUGAUCCAGAGUCUCACCAGGAUCUGUGCAGGUUAGUGUCUGUCUACUGUGCAGGUUAGUGUCUGUCUACUGUGCAGGUUAGUGUCUGUCUACUGUGCAGGUUAGUGUCUGUCUACUGUGCAGGUUAGUGUCUGUCUACUGAACUUCUCACUACAGAGGAUUUGUCUAUCUGUAAAACCCUGAUGAAGGCUAAGGGUUGAAACACGUUGGUCUUACAAAUAAAAAAAUGUUUUUAUCAAGUUGCAUUGUCCUCCAAAAGUUGCUGAAUCACUUCUUCACCUCAGUUUGCUUCUCUGUUCAUGUACCUUGGUUGGAUAGCGAGGUAACGGAAGUAUUCCUUUCUCUUUGGUGUUCUGUCUCCUCCAGGUAUGAUACCACCUCACACUACUGAGGCUUUGACAGACAGACACUCACCUCUGUGUCUUCUCUCUCCUCACAGACGCCCAGAGUGUGGUGGAUAUCUAUGUCAACUACGACUGUGACCUGAAUGCUGCUAAUAUAUUUGAGAGGCUGGUCAAUUACCUAUCUAAGAUAGCACAGGGCAGAGUGGGGCAUGAGCUUGGCACCACACCUGCUCAGGUAAAAGAUGCUUCCAAUGGACAUUCAUCUUCCAUACAUCUCCUUUCCUGUUGUGUGACCAUUUAAAUGUGUUUAUUUGUUGUAGGAGCUGAGUUUGAGGAAAAAGGGUCUGGAGUGUCUAGUGUCCCUCCUCAAGUGUAUGGUGGAAUGGAGCAAUGAUCAGUAUGUGAACCCCAACUCUCAGACCAGUCUAGGUAAAAUCCCACUUACAUACUACCUACUGUUGAAUAAGAGCCACUACGUUUCCCCUGAGAACAAGUCACCCUCAUUCAUAACCAGAACCACUGCAGUAGACUUGGGACUUCUUUCAUUACACACAAACCCACUGAGACGCGACAGCCUUGCUUCCACCCAUAUCUCUAACUACACAUCUGAGAUCUCUCUUCAGCUCACACUCAAUUAUAUAUUUGUGUUUAUCAUGACAUGUUCUAUCACUGAUCUGGAUCUGCUUUCCUCUCUUUCUUUGUUGUUCUAAGGGAGAGCAGGUAAAUCAUCAAAUGUAUUCCUAGACUUAGAAACCCAUGGUUUCAGUUAGUUAGAGCCUGAGAUUGAUCUUGACUAUCAGUUUUAGCAGAAAUCCCCCUGCGUUAGAGUUAGGCUGUAGCUACCCUUCAGUUUGUUGUGUGGUCCUGUGUUUGUUAACCUGCUGUGAACACUAGUGGUGUUCAGGCUUACAGCAGGAGACCUAGUAGGGAGCCCCUGAGACCUCUGACAGUGUUUUAUAAAGGGAAGGGUAAUUAUUGAUAUUAUGGGAUGUCCCUACGUACCACCCCUCGCCUCUGUAGGUCAGGAAAAGCCAGUAGAGCAGGAGCCCAGUGAGAGCACCAAGCCCCCAGAGAGUAUCAACCGCUACGGCAGCCUCAACUCCCUGGACUCCACCACCUCCUCAGGCAUCGGCUCCUACAGCACCCUCAUAUCAGGAACUGACAACGCAGAGCAGUUCGAGGUCCUCAAGCAGCAGAAAGAGAUCAUCGAGCAAGGCAUCGACCUGUAAGUGUGUGGGAGACUGGAAGUAAUUUCACAGGGUCUGAUCUAUAAAUCACCUUGCAUCCUUAAUAACUAAUCAUUAUGAUUUGUAGAUCAGUCAAUCUGCUCAGCCGAUGAUAAGUGACGAGCAGAAUUUAUACUCUCAAACGUGCCUGUGUCAUACAGAUGUGAAAUUUCCCCCUCUCUCUCUUCCUGUGCAGGUUCAACAAGAAGCCAAAGAGGGGCAUCCAGUAUCUACAGGAGCAAGGCAUGCUGGGUACCACGCCGGAGGACCUAGCUCAGUUUCUGCAUCAGGAGGAGAGGCUAGAUUCUGUAAGGACCUGCUGAAACUACAUAACAUGCAAUGGGAUUCACUGCCUGGUAUCCUUGAGGGAGCAGUUUACCAGACACGGAUUAAGCCUUAAGAUAUUUUUCUGUGUUAAAUAUUAAACUUUUGUUGUUCUCACUUUUGUUGUCCACAAAUAUAUUGAAUAUACACUGUAUUUUCAUUGUUUGUGUAUAUUGAAGUGCCUCUGUAUGGACUUUGCUUUUCAGACUCAGGUGGGUGAGUUCAUCGGGGAUAACGAGCGCAUUAAUAAAGAGGUGAUGUACGCCUACGUAGACCAGAUGGAUUUCCAAGGCAAGGACUUUGUCUCGGCUCUGCGUCUGUUCCUGGAGGGCUUCCGUCUGCCUGGAGAGGCCCAGAAGAUCGAUCGACUCAUGGAGAAAUUUGCGGCCAGAUAUUUAGAAUGUAACCAAGGGUGAGUCUCUCUCUGGUUUCCAUGUCAGUAGACAGACUCCAUGGUAUGGGUUAAUGGAUGAUGUUGGUAGUUAUGUUAUUGCAUAUUAGAUGUUAUGACAUUGGGCUUUUUCUAAUCCUUCAGGCAAACUGAGUUUGCCAGUGCAGAUACGGCCUACGUCCUGGCUUAUUCAAUCAUUAUGCUGACAACAGACCUUCACAGUCCACAAGUAAGUCACUCAGACACGGCUUAUUGACCUUUUUAUGAGUGCUUAUUGAUUAAGAGAGGUCAUUUUUCUGUGACCUAAAUUCUUUGGGACUUUUUUCCCCCCCUCCCAGGUGAAGAAUAAAAUGACUAAAGAGCAAUACAUCAAGAUGAACCGAGGAAUCAACGACAGCAAAGAUUUACCUGAGGAGUACCUGUCAGCCAUUUACGAUGAAAUCGCAGGGAAGAAAAUAGCCAUGAAUGAAACAAAGAAAAUCACCCUCAAAUCCAGCAAACAAAGCAAGUCAAGAAUGAAACAAGCACACUAUAUGGACUAAAAGCUAGUCUGUCCUCUGAGGCACAGUGAUGGCAUCAACAUAUUGUCUUGUGUGGUUAGGUGUUGACACUGUGUACAGUAGGUGUGUGUUUGUGUGUGAGAGCAUGCUCACUAAGUGUCUGUCUGUUUUGUCCCAAGGUGUGGCCAAUGAGAAGCAAAGGCGUCUGCUGUAUAAUGUAGAGAUGGAGCAGAUGGCUAAGACAGCCAAGGCCCUGAUGGAGGCUGUCAGCCAUGUCCAGGCUCCCUUCACCAGCGCCACCCACCUAGACCACGUCAGACCCAUGUUCAAGGUAACACACCUAGACCACGUCAGACCCAUGUUCAAGGUAACCCACCUAGACCACAUCAGACCCAUGUUCAAGGUAACCCACCUAGACCACAUCAGACCCAUGUUCAAGGUAACCAACCUAGACCACAUCAGACCCAUGUUCAAGGUAACACACCUAGACCACGUCAGACCCAUGUUCAAGGUAACCCACCUAGACCACAUCAGACCCAUGUUCAAGGUAACCCACCUAGACCACGUUAGACCCAUGUUCAAUGUAUACCCACCUAGACCACGUCAGACCCAUGUUCAAGGUAACCAACCUAGACCACAUCAGACCCAUGUUCAAGGUAACACACCUAGACCACGUCAGACCCAUGUUCAAGGUGACCCACCUAGACCACAUCAGACCCAUGUUCAAGAUAACCCACCUAGACCACGUCAGACCCAUGUUCAAGGUAACCCACCUAGACCACAUCAGACCCAUGUUCAAGGUAACACACCUAGACCACGUCAGACCCAUGUUCAAGGUGACCCACCUAGACCACAUCAGACCCAUGUUCAAGGUAACCCACCUAGACCACAUCAGACCCAUGUUCAAGGUAACCCACCUACACCACGUCAGACCCAUAGAAUUAGAAUAAUACUUUAAAAAUAUAUAAUUACAAAAAAUACCACUCCUUUUAUUUUUAUGGUAAAACCUAUGUUCAAGGUAAGUCACCUAGACUACGUCAGACGAAUAUAAUUAGAAUGCAACUCAUUCUAUUCUACGGUCAGACCCAUGUUUAAGGUAACCCGCCUAGACCACGUCAGACCCAUAUAAUUAGAAUAAAUGACCGUUAGGAUAAGAUUUCGAAUGAAACUCAUUCUAUUUAUAUGGUCAGACCAAUGUCCAGACCAAGGUACGACAAUCCCACCACUGUUACGUCACCAUUACUCACAGUAGUAAUGCAUUCCCUUCAGUAUCAGAUGGGAUUGUAGUUGAUGCUGGAACCAAAUGCAGAAUACCAAUUCUAAGAUGGUAUUACACAUAACUAAAUUUGAGUGUAAAAAUGUGUAAUCUUUUUAUAUUUCUUGCACCAACAUCCUUGGUCUGGAAAUCCAAAUAAAUCCUUAUUUUUGUACUGACCUUGUGUGUGUUUUCCCCAGUUGGCAUGGACCCCGUUCUUAGCAGCGUUCAGUGUGGGUCUUCAGGACUGUGAUGACACUGAGGUGGCCUCUCUGUGUUUGGAGGGGAUCCGCUGUGCCAUCAGGAUAGCCUGCAUCUUCACCAUCCAACUGGAACGUGAUGCAUACGUGCAGGCCCUGGCACGCUUUACCCUGCUCACAGCCAGCUCUGGUAUCUCUGAGAUGAAACAAAAGAACAUUGACACCAUUAAGACCCUCAUCACCGUCGCCCACACUGACGGAAACUACCUGGGCAACUCCUGGCAUGAGGUUAGCACCUCUUACAUAUUAUCGUCUUACAUAGUACAGUCAGUGUAUUUCAAUAUUUUUGACCAACCAGGACGUUAUUAUGAAAGAGAAUGUCCUCAAUGACUUAGGUCUGCAUUGUUCUGUCUCCCAGUAAAUGUUUUUACCAACCAGUAUCUUAAAAGAGAUAACUUGACUCAAUAGCUAAAUAAAGGAUGAUUAGUAUAGUAACCCUCCAUUAAAAUCCCAUCUGAAAGGUUCUCCUCUGUUCUCUCCUGGCCUCCACAGAUCUUGAAGUGUAUCAGUCAGUUGGAGCUGGCCCAGCUGAUCGGGACGGGGGUGAAGGCCCGCUACAUCUCAGGGACGGUCCCGGCCAAAGGGGGCCUCCUGGCCAGCCUGAGAGAGCAGGCCUCAGACAGCUCAGAGUACCUGGGACUGGGUCAGUCCUCUCUCCUUUCCAUUGAUAGUCUGCAUUCCAAAUGGCACCCUUUUCCCUAUUCCACCCUAACCCCAUAGGGCUUUGGUCAAUAUAGGGAAUACUAGGGUGCUUUUUGGGAUGCACCCAGGCUGUUGGAUUAGAUACCCUUUAGGCUAUUGUUACAAUGGCUAGUUUUGUUGGACAUGUAUCUCAAUGUUUAUCUUAGUGGUAAUGUCAUAUCAUGGUUCAUGGUUUGAUAUUUUCUUAACAUAUAAUGUAGUGUUAUGUGUCAUUGUUUGGCUAACGGGUUUGCUUGAAACCUUUUUCUCAUUACACAUUGUUUGUCUUGCAGCUGGAGGUAAUGUGGACCGUAAACAGAUAGCUAGUAUUCAGGAGUCCAUUGGAGAGACAAGCUCCCAGAGUGUAGUGGUUGCUGUUGACAGGUAGGCUGAUAGAAUGGGCCUUCUGAUGGAAUUCAUUCAAUAUGUUGUUUCCUCUCUCCAGUUUUAUUAGUCAAUAAACCUUUAUUUUGUAUAAUGUCUCCCCUCCCCAUAAGACCAUAAAAGCACUCACUAUUGCAGAUGGAAUAAAUGUCAUAUUUUUAUGUUUUUUCAGAAUAUUUACUGGAUCUACCAGACUGGAUGGCAAUGCAAUAGGUUGGUAUCAGUUACAUUUGAUCAUAACUGUACAUUUUUAUCCAAUGAUGUGUAGGUGUGGCAAGUAGCCUCGGUUAGAGAGUUGGGCCAGUAACCGAAAGGUCGCUGGUUCGAUUCCCAGAGCCGACAAGGUGAAAAUUGUUUUAUUCUUUUUCUGUACCCUUGAGCAAGGCACUUAACCCCAAUUGCUCCAGGGGUGCUGGACAAUGGUGACCCUGGCCAUGACCCCACACCCUGUGGGGAGAUGGGAUAUGCAAGAAACAUAUUUGCUUUACACACUUGUGUGUAACAGGACAAAUAUAAGCACCCUCCAAAUUAUCUAGUGAAACGGAAUGUAAUGCCUGAAUAUGAAUAAUAACAGAUUGAAAUGAAUUUGUUCACUCUAUGCAGUUGAUUUUGUCCGGUGGUUGUGUGCUGUAUCAAUGGACGAGCUAGCCUCACCAACACACCCACGCAUGUUUAGCCUUCAGAAGAUUGUGGAGAUCUCCUACUACAACAUGGGCCGCAUCAGGCUUCAGUGGUCCAGAAUUUGGGAAGUCAUCGGGGACCAUUUUAACAAGGUACUGGUUUAUUUAUUAUUUUUGUGAUAAAAACAUUUGUUGGGGGGAAAAAAUCCAUAAUUGGCAAGAAUUUAUAGUGCUGUUCACCUGCUGUUUUUGUGUUGAUGUUUAAGUAUAUGUUGAGAGAUUGUGUUUGUAUCUGUACAGGUUGGAUGUAACUCCAAUGAGGAUGUGGCUAUAUUUUCUGUGGAUUCCCUGAGGCAGCUGUCUAUGAAAUUCUUAGAAAAAGGAGAGCUCGCCAACUUCCGAUUCCAGAAGGAUUUCUUGAGGCCUUUCGAACAUAUAAUGAAAAAGAACAGGUCAGCUUUGUUUUAUUUUAUAACCUGCACUGAAUAAUGCAUGAAAUGAAAUCCCAAUGCUGGUAAGAAAUGCCGCCAUUGCAUCCUUUGUUGCCUAAAACGAUUCAAACCUUGAAACGAUUCAGCUAUUCAAACCUUGAAAUGAUUCAGUGAAUCAAACCUUGAAAACAAUUCAAACCUCAAAAUGAUUAAAUGAUUCAAACCUGGGAAAUGAUUCAACGAUUCAAACCUGGAAAAUGAUUCAAACCUUGAAAGGAUACAAUGAUUCAAUAAUUAUUCAAACUGUAAUGCCAUUGCCUACAGGUCUCCUACCAUUCGAGACAUGGUGGUGAGGUGUAUAGCUCAGAUGGUGAACUCCCAGGCUGGGAACAUCCGGUCGGGGUGGAAGAACAUCUUCUCAGUGUUCCACCUGGCUGCCUCGGACCAGGACGAGAGCAUCGUGGAGCUGGCCUUCCAGACCACCGGCUACAUCGUCAGUAAGUGUUGGGUUAUCUGACUAACACUAGAUAGUCCUUGGUCAAUGACAUGACUUACCGCUGUAAACAUGAAGAAUAAUAGAGGAUGGUAGUACAAAGAGAAACUAAAAAACAGAAACCUCGAACACUUAUUUAUUACAUUGUCCUUUUUAUAGAUAUAUUUUUAAGUAUAUUUUGUCAUUUCUUUUAAAUUGUGUUCUCAGCGAAUGUAUUUGAGAAGCACUUCCCGGCCACCAUUGAUUCCUUCCAGGAUGCUGUGAAGUGUCUGUCUGAGUUUGCCUGUAACGCCUCCUUCCCAGACACCAGUAUGGAGUCCAUCCGCCUCAUACGCCACUGUGCCAAAUAUGUGUCUGAGAGGCCACAGGUGAGCACUAUAUAGCAAAGGAGUUGAAGUAGCCUAUUCAGAGAUAAUACUAGGAUGUAACCUCCCGAGUGGCGCAGUGGUCUAAGGCACUGCAUCGCAGUGCUAGCUGUGCCACUAGAGAUCCUGGUUCGAAUCCAGGCUCUGUCGUAGCCGGCCGUGACCGGGAGACCCAUGGGGCGGCGCACAAUUGGCCCAGCGUCAUCCAGGGUAGGGGAGGGAAUGGCCGGCAGGGAUGUUGGUAGAGCAUGGUGUUUGCAACGCCAGGGUUGUGGGUUCGAUUCCCGCGGGGGGCCAGUAUGAAAAAUAAAUACGAAUAUGUAUGUACUCACUAACUGCAAGUCGCUCUGGAUAAGAGCGUCUGCUAAAUGACUAAAAUGUAAAAUGUAAAUGUGAAAUACUAGGGCAGAAGUUCUAAAUAAUGUAUUAAACUCUCUGCAUGGCCAUAAGACUGUCUAACCCAUGUGUAAAACCCUCGCCUCCCUCUCUUGCCAGGCCUUCAAGGACUACACCAGUGAUGACAUGAACGUAGCCCCGGAGGACCGGGUGUGGGUGAGGGGGUGGUUCCCCAUCCUGUUUGAGCUGUCCUGCAUCAUCAACAGGUGUAAACUGGACAUCAGGACCAGGUAAAGCCCCUCUCAUCCUACCUGGGACAAACUUGUAGGGAAGUUUUUCCUAGCCACUGUGCUUCUACUUCUGCAAUGCUCUUUGGGCUUUAGGGCGGUAUGUGUAAAGCACUUUGUGUCAAGUGCUGAUGUAAAAAGGCUUUCUGAAAUACAUUUUAUUAAAUACCAGUGUCCCUAGUCCGUGUUUGGUCAUUUACUGAUUGAGUUCCACUAGUGGUGUGAUCAUUAUAAAAUAACUUAGAAAAUGUAUUUUUUGAGUGUGAACCCUCUACUAAUAAAUAAUUCCUGUUUCCUUGCCAUUGCUCUAGGGGCUUGACUGUGAUGUUUGAGAUUAUGAAGACCUACGGUCACACCUAUGAGAAACACUGGUGGCAGGAUCUGUUCAGGAUCAUCUUUAGGAUCUUUGACAACAUGAAACUGCCAGAGCAGCAAACUGAGGUAAGAAGCUCAAGUUGAUAGGAACUUUGUGUCAUAGCCAGAAAAUACAUAGCAUGUUGAGCCCUAUGGGUCCUGGUCAAAAGUAGUGCACUACAUAGGGAAUAAGGUGCCAACUGCUGUACACUAAUGAGCUUCAUUUUCCUCUUUAAACCCAGAAAGCUGAAUGGAUGACCACCACCUGUAACCAUGCACUUUACGCCAUCUGUGAUGUCUUCACUCAGUACUUUGAGUUUCUCAGUGAUAUUCUCCUGGACCAUAUCCUGUCUCAACUGUACUGGUGUGUACAACAAGGUGAGAGGAGAGAGCUGGUUGUCCGUGUCUCAUCUAAAACACCUCAGAGUUUUAGACCUCUCUCUCUUCCCUCUCUCUCUCUGACCUCCUCUGUCUCUCCUCAGACAACGAGCAGCUGGCGCGCUCAGGUACCAACUGUCUGGAAAACGUGGUCAUUCUGAACGGGGAGAAGUUCAACCCAGAGACAUGGGACAAAACCUGCAACUGUAUGCUGGACAUCUUCAAAACAACCAUCCCUCAUGCGUGAGACCCUUUUGCUAUCAGAGGAAGUGUUUUACUACAAUAGGGAUUUCAUAUUGAAUGUUUUUAUGUUCUAUGAACUUGAACCAUCUACAGUUGAUAACAACAGUAGAUUGACUCUGUUCUGUAUUGGGCAUCCUCUCCUUAGGUUGUUGACGUGGAGACCAGCAGGGACAGAGGGGGAGCUGAUGCAACAGUACGACCCCUCAAACCUGGUAGGUUUACUGCUCAUCUGUGUUCGCCAUUCCCCUUUUACCAUCUAUUUGGUUUAUGUUUGAGACUUUAAACUGACCUCCCAGUACACUACUUCUUAACACUCUCAUAGAAAUGGGAUCAUCAUGCUGAGUUGUGAUUAUGUAUGAUAAGGUAUGUCGAAUCUACAUACAAGUCCCUCUCUGGUGUUGUCAGGACUCCAUAUCCCAGAAGUCAGUGGACAUUCAGAGUCGUACAGAGGACCAGCAGUCAGAGUGCAGUGUGGACAGGAUCUCCCCGGAGAACCAAAGGCAGAGAACGUACAGCGGCUCCUCAGGCACAUAUGAGGACGGACCCAGAGCUAGGACCCCAGCCAGUGAGUUUGUUUGGAGGUUUACGGGGCAAGUCCAUAAUCCCUGGCUCCUAGACAGCACUCCCCGGAUUUUGUCUCGCCAAUGCCUUUGUCUCUCCCCCUGCCCCUGUCUCUCUUCCUGCCCCUGUCUCUCUCCCUGUCUCUGUCUCUCUCCCUGUGUCUGUCCCUGUCUCUCUCCCUGUGUCUGUCCCUGUCUCUCUCCCUGUGUCUGUCCCUGUCUCUCUCCCUGUGUCUGUCCCUGUCUCUCUCCCUGUCUCUGUCCAUGUCUCUCUCCCUGUCUCUGUCCAUGUCCCUGUCUCUCUCCCUGUCCAUGUCCCUGUCUCUCUCCCUGUCUCUCUCCCUGUGUCUGUCCCUGUCUCUCUCCCUGUGUCUGUCCCUGUCUCUCUCCCUGUCUCUGUCCAUGUCUCUCUCCCUGUCUCUGUCUCUCUCCCUGUCUCUGUCCCUGUCUCUCUCCCUGUGUCUGUCCCUGUCUCUCUCCCUGUCUCUGUCCCUGUCUCUCUCCCUGUCUCUCUCCCUGUCUCUGUCCCUGUCUCUGUCUCUGUCUCUCUCCCUGUCUCUGUCCCUGUCUCUGUCCCUGUCUCUGUCCCUGUCUCUCUCCCUGUCUCUGUCCCUGUCCCUGUCCCUGUCUCUCUCCCUGUGUCUGUCCCUGUCUCUCUCCCUGUCUCUGUCUCUGUCCCUGUCCCAGUCUCUCUCUGUCUCUUCUCCCACCUCCUAUUCCUCUUUCCCUCUCCCUGUUUCUCCCCCCGUCCCUCACACUGCCUGUCCUGUGUCUGUCAAUGUGUUGCAGAGGUGCAGGAGCAGAGGUUAUUCUCAGUACUGCUCAUUAAGUGUGUUGUGCAGUUGGAGCUGAUCCAGACCAUAGACAACAUGGUAUUCUACCCCGCCAGCAGCAGGAAGGAGGAUGCAGAGAACCUGGCUGCUGCACAGGUAACCAUGGAGUUUGUACUGAAAUCAGCCUGUUUCAAUAACUGAAGGGAAAGCCAGUAAGGGAAAAAUUUAUCUUAUGACAAAUAAUAUUUUGAGAGGGGCUGUCAAUGUUAUUACAACUAAAAAAAGGUUGUGAAUCCUUGGUCCACGUCGGUCCCUGGAUGGGAGACCAGAUGCUGCUGGAAGGGGUGUUGGAGGGCCAGUAGGAGGCACUCUUUCCUCUGGUCAAAAAUAAAUAAAUAUCCCAAUGCCCCAGGGUAGUGAUUGGGGACAUUACCCAGUGUAGGGUGACAUCUUUCGGGUGGGACGUUAAACGGGUGUCCUGACUCUCUGUGGUCACUAAAGAUCCAUGGCACUUAUCGUAAGAGUAGGGGUGUUAACCCCGGUGUCCUGGCUAAAUUCCCAAUCUGGCCCUCAUACCAUCAUGGCCACCUAAUCAUCCCCAGCUUCCAAAUGGAUCAUUCAUCCCCGCCCUCCUCUCCCCUGUAACUAUUCCCUGGGUCGUUGCAGUAAAUGAGAAUGUGUUCUCAGUUAACUUACCGGGUAAAAUAAAUAAAUAAAACAAUCAGUUUGGCUUUCUAACGUUUGGUUAUAACUGAGCAUUGUGUUGUUGUCAUCCUCCCCAGAGAGACACAGUAGAUGCAGACGUCCUGUUGGAGGCACAGGACCAGGGAAUGUACCGCUAUCUGACCUCGUAUCAGCUCUUCAAACUGCUGGACUGUCUGCAAGAGUCCCACCGCUUCGCCAAGGCCUUCAACUCCAACAACGAGCAGAGGACUGUCCUGUGGAAGGCAGGUGGGUGACUGGGUGACUCAGAACCCCCUAUACCUUUAAAUGAUCAUCCCAUUUCCAUUUGAGUGAUUUAGCAGCAUUCUUAUCCAGAGUGACUUACAGGAGCAAUUUAGGGUUAAGUGCCUUGCUCAAGGGCACAUCGACAGAUUUUUCAAUUCCAACGCACUUAACUUCUAGGCUACCUGCCGUCCCAAGCUAUAAUCAUGACCUCUUAUGACGCAGAGAUCCUAUAAAUUACUACUCAAUAUGGGAUUCUACAUGUAAUUCUUGUCUUAUGAUGUCUGAUGUUGUGGAAUUAGUAAACAGUGGCAUUCGAAUGGCUUUAUGACAGACUAACAUACAACAACAGUUGUCUCACAACGUAUGUAUGUAUGUAUGUUUCUCAGGUUUCAAGGGGAAGUCCAAACCAAACCUGUUGAAGCAGGAGACUAACAGUCUGGCCUGUGGCCUCCGCAUCCUGUUCCGCAUGUACACAGACGACAGCCGCAAGGCAGCCCGGGAAGAGGUGCAGAGACAACUGCUCAAGUAAGAACUUAGCUAGAGGAAAUUGUGCUAUUGAUUUGUGUUAAACAGUUUGCUUGUUCAGCACCCUUUAGUCCCUCAUUGUGGACAGGAGUGAAUACCGGUAGUACAGACAUUGAGGCAAGAACCUGUAUUUUGCUAGCCUGGUCAAUCAGACUGACUGCUGCACUCACGUUUCAUUUAAAGUGAAACAGAAUGUGAGUUAUCCCGAGAACAGGCUGGGUUCCACUAGGCUAAUAUUCUGCUGCUCGGAGUCUGGAAAAAGUGCCACACUCACUCACUCUUCUGUAAUGUCUCUGCCUAUUGCAGUGUGUGUAGUGAGGCCCUGGCCUACUUCCUUACUCUGACAUCAGAGAGCCACCGGGAAGCCUGGACCAAUCUCCUCCUCCUCUUCCUCACCAAGGUGGUGAAGAUUAGCGAUGACAGGGUGAGUCGAUCACAAAGUAGAGUUCUCAAUUAAUCUUUCCUCCAUUCCUCGCCUCGUUCUCAAAACGCAUUGGAGAAGAAGGUCCAAGGGGAGAAGGUGAGGAGAUAGGAUGCAAGGAAACAUGUAAAGAUGAAUUGAGACAGAGGCUUAGUUGUAAUUUUCCCUUCCCAUGUCUGUGGAGAAUGAGCUAAUCGGAUUCCCUCCUUUAUCCAGUUCAAGGCCCAUGCAUCCAGGUACUACCCACUCCUCUGUGAGAUCAUGCAGUUUGACCUGAUCCCAGAACUCCGGGCCGUGCUGCGUAAGUUCUUCCUCCGCAUCGGCAACGCCUUCGACAUCUCACUGCUGCCCAGUCCCAGAGUGGAGCUAGGGCCUGCUGGGAGCCAGUGA